CCAUUGCUUUGCACACCAGACACUGAGGAAACUGAGCUGAAUCAGUAAGUGCUGGACUGUGAUACGUUUUAUUUGUUUUAUUUCAAUCUGCUGAAACCUUUUCUUUAUGCUGUCUGUGUGAACAGCUUCAAAUAAAGCAGCCCAGGCUGAAUUGGACUGAACUAAGGCUCUGUGUGCUGAUUCUGUGCUACAAAAAAGCCGUGGUCAAGAUUCCUGCUACCUGAAAUCUCACAAUUGGUGGAGUUUGCGCUGGCACAAAAAAACAGUUAAGCACAGAAUCUUAAAGGGCCAGUAAUAUUGGACUGUGUUUUGAAAGGUUUCUCGCUACAACAUGGAGAAAGUUUUGGAGCAGCUUAUUGUUGCUAAUGCAGCACAGCAGCAAGCCAAUGCUGCCCAGCGAGAAACAAAUUCUUAUUUGCAACAAGCUGUUGUGCAGAUCAGUGAGGAUCAGAAGCGUGCAAACAAGUUGCUGGCUGAACAGCUACAAGCAGAGAGGGAGUCUACUGUUACACAGGUGUCGGCCUUGAGAGAUUCCCUGAUGGCCCAGCAGGAGUUGGUGCAACAGCUCACACUGAGGGCCCAAGCUGUUCCGGUAGUAUCCCAGCAUAAUUUGAGUGGUACUAUCAGAGCCAGUCAUUUUCUACAAAAAUUGACACCGCAAGAUGAUGUGGAAGCGUUCUUACACACAUUUGAACGUACAGCUGCGAGAGAAGCUUGGCCCAAGGAGCAGUGGGCGGGGCUGUUGGCUCCAUUCCUCUCAGGGGAACCCCAAAAAGCAUAUUUUGAUCUGCCAGCCGAGGAUGCCGAGGACUAUGAGAAGUUGAAGCUGGAAAUUGUUACAAGGCUGGGGGUUACCACGUCUGUACGGGCUCAGCGGGUACAGAGUUGGAUUUACGUUGCUGACAAGUCGCCCCGGUCUCAAAUGCAUGACUUAAUAUACCUGGCGAAAAAGUGGCUGCAGCCGGACACCCUGACUAGUCCCCAAAUCGUGGAAAGGGUUGUCAUGGAUCGUUUCCUGAGGUCCCUCCCGGUGAAAGUGCAAAAGUGGGUAAGUCAUGCAGACCCCAGGUCAGCUGACCACCUAGUGGAAAUGGUGGAGAGGUACCUGGCAGCUCAGGAUUUGGCUGACCCUAAAUCUUCGCAGCAACAUUCACCCAUUAAACCGAGAUCUCCCAUGGCACUCGGUAGGAACAUUCCAAGAGAGAAGGUCGGUACUGGGGUCAAAGAUUGGCAGGCCAAGUCAGGAGGGCCUCUCCCUAAUAAAAGACUUGGUCAAGAGGCAAUUAAGUGCUUUCGCUGCCAUAAAAUGGGACAUAUGGUUGCAGACUGUCCUCUUAUAGAUGAACCAAUGCAGUGUGAUUUUUCUGUCAUGAAUAAGAACCAAUCAUUAUUUGCUUAUGUUGCAUGUUCGGAUAAGCCUGUGGUUUAUAAGGAAAAGCAAAUGUGUGUGGUAACUGUGGGAGGUAAACAAGUACAUGCCUUGCUGGACUCUGGUAGUUCAGUUACUUUGAUAAAGUCAGGUCUAAUACCUCCGGUAAUUUGUCAAGGGAAAAAGCUUGCUGUAGUCUGCAUACAUGGAGACAUUAGGGAGUAUCCCAUAGCAACUAUUCAGGUUGAUACCUCAUUUGGGUCUGUGGCCUGUUCAGCUGGAAUAGUUCCACAACUCUUACAUGAUUUCAUAAUUGGGAGAGAUUUUCCUUAUUUCUGGGAACUUUGGGAAAACCAAACUCAGAAUAAACCCCAGUCUGUAGAUAGUGAGGUUAAAUCCUCAGAGAACAUUACUACCCAGGACCCCCUUGUUUUUCCCUUUUCUGUGUUAGCGGGAGAUCAGGAGAGUGACUCUGAGGACAAUUCUGCUCCUAUGCAGGAUAACCUGAGCCCCACAGACACAGAGGGUCCUCUAGGACUACCUAACCUAGAGGUUCAUAAAGGAAAUUUUGGUACUGAGCAGUUAAAAGAUUCCACACUGGCCAAGGCUAGAGAGAAUGUAAAAAUGGUGGAUGGAAAGCCUACAGAACCUGAGAUGAGGCUGUCCUAUCCUUAUAUGGCUAUGAAUGGAGGGUUGUUAUACCAGAUGUACAAAAAAGGGGAGGAGGUUAUUGAACAGUUGGUAGUUCCCCAACCCUAUAGGAGGAUGGUAAUGGACCUGGCACAUGGGCAUGUCAUGGGUGGUCACUUGGGGGUGGAAAAAACUAUUGAGAGGGUUCUACAAAGAUUUUUUUGGCCAGGAGUGUACAAGAAUAUUCGAGAUUAUUGUGCUUCCUGUCCUGAAUGCCAAAUUUCUUCACCCCUGCCCCACUUUCGUAGUCCCCUGGUGCCCUUACCAAUAAUUGAAACUCCCUUUGAAAGAAUUGCUAUGGAUCUGGUGGGUCCCUUAGUAAAAUCUGCUCGGGGACAUCAACAUAUCCUAGUGAUUAUGGACUAUGCUACCCGCUAUCCUGAAGCAGUUCCAUUGCGCAAUACAUGUGCUAAAACGAUUGCAAAAGAGCUAGUUCAGGUAUUUAGCCGGGUAGGUAUUCCCAAGGAGAUCCUGACAGACCAGGGGACGCCAUUCAUGUCUAGAGUGACUAAGGAGUUAUGUAAAUUGUUCCAAAUCUCACACCUCAGGACCUCAGUAUAUCAUCCACAGACAGAUGGGCUUGUGGAACGGUUUAAUAAAACCCUUAAAGGCAUGUUAAAGAAGGUAAUAGAUAAGGAUGGGAGAAACUGGGAUCAACUCUUGCCUUAUCUGAUGUUUGCCAUUAGGGAGGUUCCCCAGUCAUCUACAGGAUACUCGCCUUUUCACUUACUUUACGGGAGACAUCCCAGAGGGCUUUUAGAUAUAGCCAAAGAGACAUGGGAGGGAGAAGUGACACCUUAUAAAAGUGUGAUUGAACACAUCUCCCAAAUGCAGGAUCGAAUUGCAGCAGUAAUGCCAAUUGUUAAAGAACACAUGGUGCGUGCUCAGGCCAUGCAGCAACAGGUAUAUAACAGGGGUUCUCGGGUACGUACUUUUGCCCCUGGUGAUAGGGUCCUGGUGUUAGUCCCCACGGCAGAAAGCAAAUUCCUUGCGAAGUGGCAAGGUCCUUUUGAAGUAAUGGAAAAAAGUGGGGAAGUGAAUUAUAAAAUUCAUCAGCCAGGAAAAAGGAAGCCUGUGCAAAUCUACCAUGUUAAUUUGUUGAAACCAUGGAAAGACAGAGAGUCCCUAACUGCUGAAUCUGCUAUACUAUAUGCAAAAACAUUCAGUAAACAACCUUUAAUUCCAGAGGUGAAGAUUGCAGAGACCCUUUCGGGUGUUCAGAAACAAGAGGUAAAAGAAUUUCUCAUGAGAAAUAGAGAAGUUUUUUCAGAACAUCCAGGUCAUACCUCUAUUGUUGAACAUGACAUUGUUACUAACCCUGGGGAUCAUGUAAAGCUAAAACCCUAUAGAAUACCAGAAGCUAGACGACAGGUAGUAGCAGAAGAAGUAAAAAAAAUGCUAGAUCUGGGUGUUAUUGAAGAGUCAUGUAGUGAUUGGUCUUCUCCUAUUGUACUGGUUCCAAAACCAGAUGGAAGUUGGAGGUUCUGCAAUGAUUUUCGUAAGCUCAAUGCAAUAUCCAAAUUUGAUACAUACCCUAUGCCACGUGUGGAUGAGCUUAUUGACAGGUUAGGUACUGCCCGUUACCUAACAACCCUAGAUCUUACAAAAGGUUAUUGGCAGAUCCCUCUUUCCCAAACGGCUAAAGAGAAAACAGCUUUUGUAACACCAGAGGGAGCAAUCCAGUAUAGAAUGAUGCCUUUUGGAUUACAAAAUGCGCCUGCAACAUUUCAAAGGGCAAUGGACAAAAUUUUAAAACCUCAUAGACAGUGGGCGGCUGCAUACCUAGAUGAUGUUAUCAUACACAGCCCUGAUUGGGAUUCACAUUUGCCGAGGGUCCAGGCUGUGUUAGAUGCUCUCCAGAUGGCAGGUUUUACAGCCAACCCAAAAAAAUGUGCUAUUGGGUUAGAAGAGGCUAAGUAUCUGGGGUACAUCAUUGGUAGGGGGGUUAUAAAACCCCAAGUUAAUAAAACUGAGGCCAUUCAUGCCUGGCCACGCCCUCUAAAUAAAAAGCAGGUCCGAGCUUUUUUGGGGAUUACAGGAUACUAUAGGAGGUUUAUCCCAAACUUUGCUACCCUUGCAGCGCCUUUAACAGACAAAAGGGAAAGAAUCUGUAAUGGUAAAGUGGACACCGGAGACAGAGAAGUCUUUUCAGGCUUUAAAGGAUGCAUUAUGUUCCAAGCCAGUAUUGUUUUCACCAGACUUCUCUAAAACUUUUAUUGUGCAAACAGAUGCAUCCGAUGUAGGGCUAGGGGCAAUUUUGUCUCAGGUUCAUAAUGGAGAGGAACAUCCAGUAGUCUACAUUAGCCGAAAAUUAAAUGAACACGAGAGGAAGUACGCAGUAGUUGAAAAAGAGUGUCUGGCCAUAAAGUGGGCACUGGAGGCACUACGGUAUUACCUCUUAGGAAGGGAAUUUGAGUUAGUGACAGAUCACGCACCGCUGAGAUGGAUGUGUGAUAAGAAGGAGACUAAUAGGAGAGUUACCCGCUGGUUCCUGGCUAUGCAAGAGUUUAAGUUUACGGUAACACAUAGGCCAGGAGUUCAGAUGAGCAAUGUUGAUGGCCUCUCCAGAAUCCAUUCUCUCUUUGGUGCAUCUAUCCCAACAGUGGGGAUGGUACAAGAAAGUAAUGUACAUAGUAAAGAGUUAAACAGGAUAUCUGGGAAAGUGCUUGAUGGAAUAUAUGUUUCUCCCAGGUUUUUGUCUGAAAAAUGUUGGUCAUUAGCAUAAGGUGGCUUUAAAGUAUGGGAC